GAACAAUCGUCUCUAGUGACAGUUCCUCCCGUUAACGACGUAGCUACAUCAAUGAACAAGCCAACUACGCACGAAGCUUUUCAAGCUUUGCGUACCUCACCAUUCGAACCGAGCUUAGUACAGCUAUCACCAAUUGAGUCGGUGCCUACGUAGGCUACAUAUAUACUUAGAAUUCAUCAAGGUGGCCUCAUGGCCUAAGCGCCAGAUACCCUUGCGCCCUAAUCUCGCGACCAUCAUGCUGGCCGAUCACGAUGUUGAAGACGAAACUUCAUACUUCGACGACCUUACGAGGGAAUGCAAUGCCUUCAGGAUCCUACUCAUCGGUAAAUCAGGAUCUGGAAAGUCGACACUAGUGAACGAAGUGUUCGAUUUCGAAUACGAAGGAAGCACCACCAGUGACUAUUCCGUUGGCAACCACGAUAUAAACCGCCCGAUUCUCUCGUCAGCAAACAGGUCGCUCAUUCUCCACGAUAGCAAGGGUCUGGAAUCUGGCUCAGAUAAGAAUUUAAACAUCGUCAAAAGGUUCCUUAACGAUCGCAAGAAUGGACCAGUCACAGAUCAACUCCAUGCCAUAUGGUACUGUGUCGAAAUUCCUCUCGGAGGGGAGCGUCUAUUCGAAGGUGGUGACUUGGUACUUAUGGAAUACUUGAAAUCAAGCUCAGUUCCGCUCAUUGUGGUUUUUACUAAACUGGACAAGCUUCAGUUUAGUGAACGUAUGAGGUUGCAGAAGGAAUAUACCUCCAAUGGCCAGAAUAGCAAAGCCAUGCGCAAUGCUAAAGAACAAUAUGUUGCUGCUGCCGCAAAGAAAUAUCAAAGCUCAUGCGUUGACGUACUUCAAUCGCCCAAGAUUCCACAGGCGUGGUCGCAUUAUUGUGCUGUUUCAAUGAAACAGUCUCAGACAAUCAUAACGCUGAUCGAGCUGACCAAGUCGCUGCUUGAUAGCUCAGAGACACUAGAUGUUCUGUUUUCUCAGGCGCAGAUGCCCGAUGUGAAUUACAAAGUGAAUCUAUCCUUGCGGGCAGGAAAGAACAUGUACAGGACGGGGAUGUUCGCAUCUGCGUUACCUUUGAAAGGGAUUCGAAAGGUCUCUCUGUUGAAGGUGCUCAGCGUCAUACAUUCCGACAUCGUCCGAGUAUGGAAUCUUCAGGACCCCGACGAGAUUUUGCUUGGAGCAAACAUGCGAACCAUGAUCCGUCGACUUUUCGUGGAACCUCUGAUACUCCCGACAUUGGAUGGUGCCGCCGCUGCCUCGGAUGGCAACUCUGCGCAGAUUAUCGCAAGCAUAGCUGGGGCUUGUUUUAACCCAGCCACUCUUAUCGCCCCUGCUGUAAACAAUGCAGUGCAGAUUCUGGAUGACAUGGCAGAUACCGCGCCUUCUGCCGCACGGGUCUUGAUGGCGUAUAUCAUCGACUUGACCCUAGGGAUGGAAAGUCUUUAUUGGUUGGUCCGCCGCAAGGACGGCAAAACCGCCAGUGAGAAGGACGUCAUUGAGGCUUUCAGUCACUACCACGUGUCUGAGAGUCGAAAGGAAGCACACAAGAGAAUUCGCAACUUCAUAGGCGACGAGAAUAUCUUCUUGUCGGUCCAGCGAGAGAAGGUACUAUCCAAGGCAGGGGAGAUUGUUGGGAAAUGUCGCAUUAAUCCUAAGAAGAUGUUCAAGGGCCGUCAAUGACAUUGAAGUACUUAUGUCCCGUUUGCGUUCGAAGUAGAAACAGCCAGAUGAACGAAUUUACAUGCUCGACUUGAGGUUCAAGGGAAAUCACCGACUCGAAUUAAGAUGAGGUUGAGUAGGUUGCGCUGGGCCUCUGGGUUUACCCCAUCGGCGGUUUCGUGGGGAGCUAUUC